GUCUAAAUCCAAAAUGGCGGCUUCAGCAGGCGCCUCCGCGGCUCAGAGUAGCGCCGGAGAUGAUGCAUUUCAGACGUUUUAUUCAGAGGUGAAGCAGAUUGAAAAGCGAGACUCUGUACUGACAUCCAAACAGCAGAUCGAUCGGUUGUUGCGGCCCGGCUCGACGUAUUUCAAUCUGAACCCGUUUGAGGUUUUACAGAUUGAUCCAGAGGCCACGGAUGAAGAGCUGAAGAAGAGAUUUCGCCAGUUGUCCAUUUUGGUCCAUCCGGAUAAGAACCAGGACGAUGCAGACAGAGCACAGCAGGCCUUCGAAGCCGUUGAUAAGGCGUACAAGCUGCUCCUGGAUCCCGAGCAGAAGAAAAGGGCCGUGGAUGUGAUUAAUGCAGGAAAAGAAUACGUCGAGCACAACAUCAAUCAAAAGAGGAAGCAGUUGAAGAAGGAGGGCAAGUCCACAGAGAUUGAGGAGGACGACCCGGAAAUGUUCAGACAGGCUGUUUAUAAACAGACCAUGAAGCUGUUCGCUGAGCUGGAGAUCAAGAGGAAGGAGAGAGAAGCCAAGGAAAUGCACGAGAGGAAAAGGCAAAGAGAAGAGGAGAUUGAAACACAGGAGAAAGCCAAGAGAGAGAAAGAGUGGCAGAAGAACUUUGAGGAAUCGAGGGAUGGACGUGUGGACAGCUGGAGAAAUUUCCAAGCCAAAGGUAAAAGCAAGGAGAAGAAGAACAGGACAUUCCUCAAGCCUCCCAAGGUCAAAAUGGAGCAAAGAGAUUAAUCAUGUGAAAGGAAGUAAAAAAGAAAAGCAUCCGGAGACCUGGAAGUCCAACCAUCUACGCCUCUUCUGGGUUUCCCCUUCAGGUGUGCAUGUGUGUUUUUCAGGAAUGUGAUGCUCUCGGUCCAGCUGAGGGCGCUGUGGAACAACACAUUUAUCUCCUGCACCUCUGUAGUCUUUUCUUAUCUGCUAGGGGGACAGAAAGUCGUCCUGUGGUUGGAUGGACGUUCGUCACUGUUUAAAUACUGUUUGUUACAGCAAACAGUGCAGUCAUCAAAAUAGUUUCUUCAGCAGCAAACAGGGCGGUAGUGUCUAGUCUUUUUUUUUUUUUUCUUAUGUACAUAUUUGUGAAUUUGAUGUGAAUUGUGUGAGGAAAAGAAGUGCUUUCUUUCUUUUUUCUUUUUUUUUUUUAAACCCUUGUCACCCAGAAUAAAACUUGUUUGUAACCUAAA